AUGAGCGCGCUGGUGCCCCGCGGGUCCGCCGGCGUCGCGCCCGCGCCCGCGGAGGUCGUGUUCGAGUCCGCACCGCGCGCGGGCCUCGAAUCCGGCGACAUCGUCGCGCUCCUCGCGGGCCACGACGAUGAGAUCGGAGCCGCGCGCCCGUACGCGGUCUCCCAGGAGGACGCCGAGGAGGGCCACGGCCCGCUCUACCGCUUCGUCGUCGACUCCGAAUCCGGCCGGAACGCGAACAUCGUCGGGCUGCAGAAGCAGUGGCCGCACGCGCACCUCGAGGUGUGUCGCAGGGACGACUUCUGGGGCUUCAGAGCACCCAUGGCGGAGGAUCGGAUGCUGCAGGCCACCAGGCGGGGCGCGCAGCGACUGCGGUUCGCGUCGGAGCACAUGGGCACGUGGGAGGAGUGGAUCAUGGACGCCCGGUCCGAAACCCUCGCCGAGCCGUGGAUGACCCGCCGGAUCAUCCUGCGGCACAGGCGCUUGGACAGGUUCGAGCUGCGGGUGACGGCGGUGAGGAUCGGGUCGUCGAGGGCGACUUCUUCGCCGGCAGCUGCGCCAUCGGCGGCGACGCCCCGCCGAACCCAUCGACACGGGGAGGACAUCGACGGGGACGACGACGACGACGAGUUCUUCUCCCCGGGGGCGGGCCCGGGCGGCACCAGCGAUGAUUCCUCCCUGGCGCUGGCGGGUCGCGAGUACUCGUCUCGGCCGCCGCCGAUUGCCGCGAGGCGCGCCACUCGAUAUCGCAACGACAUGUAUCAGACGGAGACUCCCGGCGCGACUCCCGGCGGGGGGGGUCCGAGGGGUUCGGGCCGUGAAGGCGGCGGCGACGCGGUCAAGGAGCACACGUCCGUGCUUCACGCCAUGUCCGGCGUGAUGGCCAAGGAGUUCACGGUGGCGCUGCAGCGGGAGAUCCAAGCUCGCGCGGCGGUGGAGUCGGAGGUUUCCGAUUUGCACCGAGCCUCGGGGGAGUUACGCGAAUGGGCGCUGAAAGAGCUGGACAGGCUUCGAACCUACGCCCAGACGCAGGUGAACGAGCUCGUCGCGGAGUGCACGAAGCGCAGGGACGAGGCGAACGCGUACAAGUCGCGGAUGGAAGAGCACGCCGAGUCUAGCAAGAUGCUCGAUCGCGCGCUGACCAACGCCUUCGCCCGCCGGCGUACACGGAGCCUACAGACGCGGGGCUUGCACGCCCUCAAGCAGCACGCGACGCAACUCACGCGACGCCGGCGGCUGUACACGCGCGUGGGGUCCAGGAUCGCCAAACGGUCGAUGGCUCGCGCCUUUGACCAGUGGUUUGCUCGGACGGCGGAGGCGGCGGCGCUUCGAACUCGGAUGACCCGAUUCGCGACGAGGUGGCGUAACUCCGCCGCCGCCGCCGCCUUUCGCACCUGGCGCAUCGCGCAGCGCAAGUCCGCGAUGCGCUCGUACGCCGCCAGCACGAUGGCGUCCAAGGCGAGGCUCCGGUGCGUCGGUCCCGCGCUGCGGCGCUGGGCGGCGACGACGAAGGAAGUUCGCGGCGUGUCCCGGAACUUUCGCAAAUUUACCGAGAGCAAGGCGCGGAGGGACACUGCCGCGGUGGUUCGCGAGUGGUUCGACGUCGCACAGGACGCGCGGCUUCGCCGUCGGCAGGGCGCGCGUGUCGCGGCGCGGCUGGUAUCGAAGCGCGAGCGGGAUCUUCUCCGCGGCGUCUUUUCCGAGUGGUUCGAUUUCGCCGGAAACAAUAGACGGGUCCGGAGGCUCGUCUCCCGAUCCGCCGCGCGGGUGGGACGGAAGAUCUUCGCCGCCUCGUUCGUUCGCUGGCGUGAUCACACCAAGGAGACGCGUUCGCGCCGACGCCUCGUCGCGAGGAUGUUUGCUCGCGGCGCGUUUAAGAUUUCCGAGAUGGCGUUUCUGGCGUGGCGGUCGCUCGCCAGGGCUCGAGCCGACGCGCGUGCGCUGGCCAUGACCCGCGUCGCCUCUCGCCUGCGCAACUUCCAGACGCACCGUUCAUUCAACGCGUGGUCCUCCGCGGUCGCCGAGCGGCGGCGGCUGAGGGUGGCGGCGAGGCGGGUCGUAUCCCGCGUGGGCGCGUACGGCGCGGCGAGGGCGUUCAAAACGUGGGCCGAGCGAUGGGCCGAGGGUAAGAGGGCUCGGGUCAUCGUCGCGAGGCUGGUGGCGAGGAUGUCCAGGCGCGUCGCGGAUGGGGCGUUCCGGGGCUGGCGCCACGGCGUGAGCGAGCGGCGGCGUUUGACGCGGCUGACGACGAACGUGGUGCGUCGCAUGGCGAACCGCCAAAUCGCGGAGGCUUUUUACGGCUGGGCGAACAAGGCGGAGGCGGCGCUUCUCCUUCGGCGGCUCGAGGCCAAGGCGGCGUCGCACCGGUCAAUUCGUUUAACGCGGGACUCGUUCAACUCGUGGUUAGAGACGCACAAUGAGGAGAGGCGGAGGCGGUACCUGAUGACGAAGGUGACGGCUCGAUUCGUCCUUCGCGUCACCGCUCCGGCGUUUGAUCGAUGGGUGCAGUGGACCGACUCGAUCAAACGCCAGCGAAGGCUCAUCCUGCGCGUCGCGGACAGGUGGCGUAAGUCGUACCUCGUCUUCGCGUUCGAGGGGUGGGUGGAGUCGCACGCGGAGAUUUGUCGACGCAAGAACGUCGUCGCCGUCGCGAUGGAACGCGCAAACUCGGCGAGCGCCCGCGCGGCGUUUACUCGCUGGCUCGAACAGACGGCGGAGCUCCGACGACAAAGAGCGCUCCUCGCCAGGGUGGCGCGGAGGUGGCGCGACAGGCUCGUCGUCUCCGCGUUCGUGACGUGGCGGGAGAACGCGGCGGACGCGCGGGUAAAGCGGGCGAGCGUUACGCGCGUGACGUCGAGGUGGCGGCGUCGUUUCGUCGCGUCCGCGAUGGACGGGUGGCGCGACUGGGCGUACGAGCGAAGACGUCAAAGAGCGCUCGUGAAAAAAGUCGUUCAAAGAUGGCAUCGCCGGCACCUCGCGCGCGCGUUCGACCGCUGGUUCGACUGGUGCCACGACAUGCGACGCGCGACGCAGGCGGUGGAGCGCGUGGCGGUACGGUGGCGGAACGCGGUGCUCGCGCGCGCGUGGAACCGGUGGGCGUUCAUCGCCCCGGAUCUCGCACGACGACGGGCGCUCGUCGCCAAAGUCGCGAGGAGGUGGCGCGACGGGCUCGUUUUUUCCGCGCUCGUCGCGUGGCGGACGAACGCGGCGGAGCGACGACGCCACCGACACCUCCUGGCGCGGGUCGCCGGCCGGUGGCGCCGACGCGUCGUUGGUUCCGCGUUCGACGGUUGGUUCGAGGAGGCGCGAGCGCGAGCGAACGCUCGAUCGACGGCGGAGAAGAUCGCGACGCGCUGGCGGCGAACGGCGACGGCGCGUGCGUUCGAUAAGUGGCGCGCCGAGCGCGCCUUCGCGGCGUCCACGCGCGGCAUGCUCGCGCGCCGGGCGGCGAUGGGCUUCGCGAAGCGGGCGAUGGCUGCGGGGUUCGUUCGUUGGGCGAAGGCGGCGGCGGAGCGGGUCGCUUUAAAGCGGAGACUUUCGAAGGUGGUAGCGAGGAUGGCGACCGCGACGUGCCGGCGCGCGUGGGAGGGAUGGAUCGAUCGGAUCGAGCGCAGGGCCAACGCGUUGGCGUCGCUCGAGGCGGCGAUCGCGCGGUGGACGCGUCGCGCGUUGGUGGCGUCGUUCCGCGCGUGGCGAUCGCGUUGCGGCGAGUUGCGAGUCGCUCGAUCGGCGGUGAUCAAGGCGCUCGGCGCGUGGCGAUCCAGGGCGCUCUUCCGGUGCUUCCGACGAUGGACCGAGUUCGUCGCGCAGCGCGCCGCGCUGGUGACGAUGCUCGAUCGGAUCGCGGCGAGGUGGACGCGGCGGCACGUCGCGGAGGCGUUCGACCGAUGGGACGAGGCGGCUGCGGAGCGUCGACGACUUCGCCGGCUGCUCGCAAGGGUUCGCGCCAAGAUGGUUCAAAAUCUUUCAUCUCGCGCGUUCGCCGCGUGGCUCUCGGACGCGCGUCGGUGCGCAACCGCGCGAACGAUCCUGGCGCGCGUCACCAACCGGCACCUCGCGCGAGCGUGGGGGACGUGGCUGGCGGCGGUGGACGGCGCGAGGCGCGCGCAGUUGUCCGCCGCGCGGGGCACGGCGAUGGCGCAGAGGCUGUCGCUUCGUCUUCGCGCCAAGGCGUUCCGGGAGUGGCGCGCGGCGCACCAGUGGGGUGAUUUCGUCAAUCGGCUCGCCCACCGCAACCGCGAGCGCAUGACUGUCAAGAACCUCCGCGGGUACAUUCGCAGGUGGAUCGAGGUUGUGGACGAGAAGAAGGAGAGCGUGGACGAGCUGCGGCGGUGCCUCGUUCGUAAGCGCGUGGCGCAGCGGUGGUUCCUCCGGUGGUACUGGGACGCCUUCGACUCGGACAUACAGAGCGCGCUCGCGAACAUACUGGGCAGCACGGAGAGCGCGAUGGAGGAUGCCUUUUCACCGCCGCCCUCCGCCAUACGCGGCGUGCGGCCGCUGCCGCGCGACAGUGACUUUAGCGACGACGCCGAGGACGCUUACAUGUCCGGCGCGACCGGCACGAUUACCGACUCUCAGCGGGACGAGGACUACUCCGACUCUCCGCUCUCCGACGACUCCCCCGACGCCCUGGGCGCCGCCGCGGAGAGGCUGUUCGCGCGCGGGCAACGGAUCAGCAUCGGCAAGGAUAAGGACGUGAGGAUGGCGCGGGAGAUGCUCGGGAGCGGCGGGGGCGCCAGGGCUCGCAGGGACGCCGGCCUCAUCCCAGCCGACGAGGACAGCUCGGGGGACGAGGUGGACACAGCUGGGGUCGAGGCGGCGGGUGGGGUGGACACUCGGCCGGAGGAGGUUCGACCGGGGCUGGAGUCGUUCAGCUCCAAGUACGACCGGGUCAUGAAGGGCGAGAGGUGA